AUGCGACGUUUUGGUGGUAUUAAAUCGGUUGGAGCAAUUCGAAGGCAAUGGCAUCGUCCCGUUGCUGAGGUUUUCCCAAAUAAUACUCAUACUCGUACUGUUAACAAAAAUACUGGCUUACGAUCAAUAGCUUCAUCUGAACUUACAAAGCAUAUUUCGAAUAAUUCAUCCUUCACAGACGAACGCUUUCCAACAUCGCCUCCGUCAUUGACACAUUUAUUGAUUGACGCGGAUUCAACACAUCGCAUUAGUAUAUCAGAAUCAAGUCCAUCAUCCAGUAGCGAUCAUCCGCAACAACAAUCAAUGUUGCGAAAAAGCUGUCCAGAUUUACGCAUAGCUGAUAGUAACGGUAUUUUAUCAAAAAAUAUGGAAAUUUGUCGAGCACAAAAUCGCAUUCGUCGUGCUCACGAGAAGAAGCAAGCAGCAUUAUGGAAGAAAAAGCCAAUAGCUGAAUGGAGCUUAGACGAUGUUCUGCUAUGGUUGCAACAUUUAAAAUUGGAUGAUGUGGCAUCAAUAAUGAUUGGUUAUGAUAUUAGUGGAAGGGAUGUGGAACGAUGGGAUAAUAAUAUUCUCGAACAACUUGGUGUGUCAACGGAGGAGACACGAAAUAAAAUAUUGCACGAGCUACGAGCACUAAAAUUACGACAAACAAAUUCAUCAGCUGAGCUAAACGAAACCAAUGGUACCAAGUCUAAGAGAGGUAAACCUAUGAUACCACUAUUCAAAUUAGUACGAUCAACCAGUUACGAUAAAGUGGUUGCACUAGAGACACCAUUAACAACUCGAGAUAUUACUGUAGCUGAGGGAAGGUUUGGUUGCUUGCAAGUUACAAAGGUCAACGGUGCUAAUAUUCCGCUAAGAGAGCAAGACUGCUUUUUGGAAAUUAAUGAAUUGCCGGGACAAGCAUUCCGCUCACCAUUAAUGUUCACCAAAUUGGUCACUGAAGCAGCUGGUGAACCAAUCAGGUUGGUUGUUCUCAGACGGCGCUUAUUGCCCACUACUGAUGGAGUUGCCGGCUGUGAUUACGAUAAUGAUACUUCCGGCCGUGGUACAUUUCUUGAAAAAACGAUUCAAGCCGUUGAUCAGGAAUCAUCGGCAAGCAGUGGUGUGUCAUCAAGUGAAUUAUCCUCAGAGGUAGUAUUACUUAACGAUGACAACAAAUCUCAAAUUCUGAGGCUAUAA